AAAUAAAGUGUUCACAGGCACAUUUGCUUUGUAUAUUGUGUCCAAUUUGGUACAUAUAAAUUUAUUAAACAGAAUUCCUGGCUAAUUUUCAAUGUUCAUGGCCCACUGGAUUUGUUAAAUUGUAAGGAACACUACACGAGUUAAACGACUUUUAGUUUAAACUGAAUAAACGAAAGUUUGUCUUAUUCAUUCGUGCAGCACAGGUUCUUUUGCCACUAGUUUAGGUGAGGGGCGUGUUUCAGACGGUAGGUGACGUCAAUGUAUUUAAACUGCUGAGUAUGACGGUUUGGGCACUCAGUUGGACUGCAUGUUGAAGUCAGUGUAAAAUGGCGAAAAGAGGCACUGAAAGCAACAUGGUUGUUUCCAGGUUUGGGAAGAAAGACUUCGUUGUACCUAAAGGUCUGAAUGUUUGCUUCUUGACGGAUUCCAUGUGCCGUGGUUUGGACCAAUACUGUGAGGGAGCACAUUGUUGGGUUCAUCCCGGAACUACUUUGGUGCGUUCAGCACAACAGCACGUCUAUCAUCUGAGAAGAGUAAACGGUGAUGCCUUGUUGAUCAUCCACAUUGGGACAAACGAUGUGGCUAGUGGUGUUUCAGCGGAAACAGUCGUUAACCGAAUGGCCUUGCUGGUGGAACGCCUUCGUCAUUCUUUUAAGUACAAACUGCAUUUCGCCAUUUGUUCUGUUUUGCCUCGUUAUGUUGAUGAUAAGCAAACUAAACAUAUUGUGAAGCGUUGCAAUAUGUUGUUGGAAAGAUGGUGUAGUGAGAUGGACAAUGUUGUUUUUUUGCGAACGUGGAGAGCAUUUGUGUCUGGAGGAUGUAUAUGUUCUGAAAUGUUCCGGCCAGAUGGACUUCACUUGAAUGUGAAAGGGAAAGAGCGUCUUUUUCAGUAUUUUAAACAUUUUUUGUGGAACUUUUGUAAUUAUAUUCUUCGCUUUCCAAACUUGCAGAAAUAAAUGUCUAUGGAAAUGUAA